AAUUGUUCCUUACCACAUAUUCCAUAGCUUCCCCAUCACAUUUCAUCGCUGCAGAAUCAGGGUUAGGGUUUUCCCAGCCACCUGACUUAGAACACUGAGGCUAACCAUGGCGGCCCCAACCCAGUCCGUCCAAUGCUUCGGCCGGAAGAAGACCGCCGUUGCCGUCACACACUGCAAGCAGGGCCGUGGCCUGAUCAAAAUCAACGGUGUCCCGAUCGAGCUGGUCCAGCCCGAAAUCCUUCGUUACAAGGCAUUCGAGCCGAUCCUCCUACUCGGUCGCACCCGCUUCGGCGAAGUUGACAUGCGCAUCCGCGUUAAGGGCGGUGGUCACACCUCUCAGAUCUACGCCAUCCGUCAGUCAAUCGCCAAAGCACUCGUUGCCUACUUCCAGAAGUACGUGGAUGAACAGAGCAAGAAGGAGAUCAAGGACAUUCUGGUGAGGUACGACCGGACUCUGCUUGUUGCUGAUCCCCGACGCUGUGAGCCCAAAAAGUUCGGUGGUCGUGGUGCUCGUGCUAGGUUCCAGAAGUCCUACCGUUGAAGGCUUGGACAUUACCAAUGCUACGGUUUACAUUUACUAUCGAUUUACUAUGCUUUUCAGGUCCUGAUAGUUUGAGACUUUUUUGUGUGACAUUAAAAUGUUUUGAAUAUUAAGUUGGUUUUGGAUAAUUAAAUGCACUGGUCUUUUAGAAUUAAUUCAAUGUUUUGAUGCGGGAGUUCAUAGUCGAUUAUGAAUGCACUGGUCUUGUUUGUCAUGUUCUCGUUUUCAGUUAAUCUUUUUCUGUUUUGGCUUCUCUUUUGUUUGGUAUAAAGGGCCGGAGUAACCCCCCUCCACACAUAGUUUCUGGUUGAUAAAAAUUUAAGCUGGCCUUUUGUG